AUGGUGCUUGAGUUCCGUGAGAUGCUCGGGCGGCAUGGGGGCAGGGAGAUGGCGCAGGUGGUUGAGGAGACGGUUGUGCAGUGGGGGUUGGAGGGGCGUUGUCUUGGUUUCACGACAGACAACGCCUCUAGCAACAUUGCCGCCUUCAGGCGGUUGUCGGAGGAGGGUGGUGGUCAGUGCUUCUUCAGCUCGCGCAUGCACUUCCGGUGCUUGGCACACGUGAUAAACCUUGCAGUGCAGGCAGCACUGGCUGUGGAUUCCAUACGAAAGUUGCUGAAGAUACUGAGAGAGAUGGCGUCGUGGAUUGGCUUCUCUCCACAGCGCUCGGGGUCUUUCUUGGGCCUACAGCGGACCUUGAACUUGCAGGCCAACCCCGCCACGCCGAAGCCGGCGUUGAAGCUGGUGCAGGACAGUCCUACGCGCUGGGGGUCGACCCACGACAUGGUCGAGCGUGCGGCUGUUCUGCAGAACCCCAUCACUGUCUUCUUCGCCCAGACACAGGGCCUGUCGAAGACCGACAAGAAGAAGGUGGAGAGUCUGCGCCUGACAGACGCAGACUGGGAGACCCUGCAGGCGGUGAAGACAUUCCUAAGCCCCUUCGCCAAGGUCUCCAAGGCAGCGGAGGGGGCGGCGUACCCGACUGUGUCGAUGGUGGUGCCGUACUACAACGGCCUGAUCGACGCCAUGGAGUCGCGCCUUGCCAAGGGGCCAUCUCCGACGCUGCAGCCGAUGAUCGUGGCGGCGCUGAGCCACUUGAAGAAGUACGCCUACAUCACCAGCAACGAGUACUGGAUCGCCACCUUCUUGGACCCAUCCAUGAAGGCGGCGUGGUUCGACGACGCGCACUGGAAGAAGCUGCAUCCCGAGACCGACAGGAGGGUGAGGCCGCGUCCGGCGUCUGGCGAGGUGAUCAAGCUGGUGCGCGACCGCGUGGCCGAGUACCAGGCACGGGCUGCAGAGCUUGCUCCACGGCCGACCCCACUUGCCCCCGUUGCGGAGGAGGAGGAGGGAGACGAGGAGGAGGACGACGAUGACGCGCAGUUUCUCCCUAGUCGCCGACGACUUGCGGCGCGUCUGUCGGCGAGCCACGAUGCGGGGGCGGGUGGGAUGGUGCAGGAUGACGAGGUUAGCAGGUACUUGUCCGAGAGGGUGCGGUGCGACGUGACAGCGCUAGAGUACUGGCGCAGUGCCACCAACAUGCAGACGCUAAGGCGCAUGGCCCGGGAUUAUCUCGCCAUCCCUGCCACGUCCGCUUCGAGUGAGCGGGUGUUCUCCCUUGGUCGCAACCUCAUUUCCUGGAAGCGGCACCGCCUGGCCUCUCAGAGGACGCGAGCUGUCAUGAUUCUCAGAUCAUGGUACAGUUCACACCCUGGCCAGAGGAUAGGCGAGGGCCGCCAACCGAGAGGCGUCGCACCACCAGAGUUCGCCAUUGAGGGCGAGGGGGCAGAGGAGGAUGACGAGGAGGAGGAGGAGGAGGGUGUGGAGGCUGACGACACAGCUGGUGGAGAGGAUGCUGUUGUUGGUAGUAGCAGUGGCGCCUUAGUGUAG